UCUGUUAAGAUCUAUCAAAGUAGUUUUGUUCGUUGGUUGACAAAGAAAGCUUUUAAGAAAAACAAAACAAAAAAAAAGUUUUACUUUUCUGGUAUGGAAAACAAAAGGCAAGUGAGUGGUUCUUCUUCUUCUUCAUCAUCAUCAUCAUCUGUUUCUUUGGAUCAUCUCUUUGGUCCCAAGGACUCUUCUUCUUCUUCUUCAUCCACAAGUGGGAUUUUUGACACCAUUUUCCCUCCUCCAUCAACGGUGCUAGGGAGGGACUCCAGUCACUCUGGAAUGAUGGGGUCAUGGAAUAAUCAGGGUUUGCCCCAUCAUGGCAAAUAUGGAAAUCCAGAUCACACCACUGAUAGCAAGGGACAAAGCAGUGGCACAACUAACAAAGACAAGAGUUCGUCCGUUUAUCAUAAUGAAACAGUGGAACCUUGCAAUCUCAGCUCAUCUAUCUAUUAUGGAGGCCAAGAAAAUUAUUCUCCAAGGAAGAAGACCACUGAGUCUCCCCAUUAUUUCAAGAAGGAUGGGGGAGAUGAUGAUCCCAAUGGAAACAAUUCUGGUGGUGCUUCAAGAGGGAAUUGGUGGCAGGGAACACUAGCAGCAUAAUUAAUCGUAUUAUUACUAUGGAAAUAAGCUGGUAGAUAGCUAGCAAUACAGUAGAAGCAUAUAGAGCAUAACACAGCUUAGGACUUUGAGGAAGAAUGUUGACCCUGUAAGCUGUUAUAUUUAGGGCAGACAGCUCAGAGCACGCCGGAUUCAUGUAUUAUACGUUUAUCUACUUUUCUUUUGCCUGACUAAUCUAAUCCUCUUGUUCUGAACUAUGCUCUGUGGGAUUUUUCCCACAAGAAAAUGGAUUACUAUAACUAUAUAUUGACAUAUAUAGUAUACCCUUCUCUCAUCUUGAUUUCACUUUCAAGAUUGGAUGCAUUUUAGCAUCUUUUAUACAAUGAAUGAUCACAAAGAGAAAUUAUAUGUUGCCAACAGUCAUGUGAUCUGUAGUUCCGGUGACUGGAUUCAAAUUCUGGUUUCCAUAUUCUGGUUUAUUUUAUAGGAAUCAUGCAAGAUAAGGGUUUCAAGAAUUCCAUUUAUUGAGGAGAGGUUUUUGAGCAUUGAGCAGUAAGAAAAUACUUGAAGUUAUCGAAAGAUUACUGAACACAAUCUUUUAUGUAUCAUUCAAAUACAUCACCAGGAAC